GCCCAGCCUGUUGAGCAGGUAAAGCAAGUUUCAAACACUCAGUCGCAGAAAACCAGACCUGCAGAUGACACGCGUCCACGACUGGAGGAGCGCGCACCUGUAAUUCUCCACAGGUGAUCGUCAGUAGCUGCUCCCUCCAUCUGUCUGCGUCUCUGACCCGAACACCAACAUGAAGAUCGCCAUCGUAGUCGUCGGCCUGAGUGUGGCCGUCAUGACGGUGCUGAUCUACGAGGCCAUGCGCCAGGAGAUCAGGCUGAGGGGCUUGAAAACCCGCACGGUGGAGAACAACGUGGCGGUGAGGAGGAAGGAGGAAGAGAUCGUCGAUGCGAAGAAGAAAAUCCAGGAGCUGAAGUCGGAGCUGGACACCCACAACGCCAAGAUGGACGAUCUGAGGAAAAAGAAGGCAGAUAUCGAAAAGUCCACACAGGAGUUUGAGGAGAGUCUGAAGAACUGCAACACGGAGAAGGAAGAAGCAGAGAAGAAGAAGAAAGAUGUUUCAGAGACCUUAACCAAACUCAAAGCUGAUCAAGAGGAGGCUAAAAAGAAAGCAGAGGAGGAUAUUAAGAGCUUGAAACAACAGAUCCUGGAUAGAGACAAAGCUAUUUGUGCCUUUGCUGACAUGACGAAAGAAGAAGCACGGAAGCUGUGUGGUGUCAACGAAGCUCCAAAAUAAAGUCCACUCAGAAAACUAAACAUUAACCAUGAACUUUUGAAAAGAGAAGCGUGCCAUGCAUACAAGGAUACAUCUGAAGUAUGCAUGGCAUAUGCAUGAAAGUUUUGUAAACCCAUUCUUGGAACAAAUGGCAGGGACAGGGAGUGGGGAAAUAUGUUGCAAAUGUUUUUUCUUUAAACGUGAUUGUUUGUUAUUAAAAUCUCCUUUGCCUUUUGUCUCUGUAAUGGACUUGUCACGUACUUGUGAUUUAAGUCGUCAUAAAUACAUGUUUACCAGAGUUUGAAGCAAAAAAAGCUUACCCUGAUUCAACUGGUAAACUAGAUGUGAAGCAUCUGAAUCAACCUGAGGCAUAUUCACUGUCUGCAAUGUUGCCCUGCCCUCUGGUUAAACCUGAGUGAUGACUAGUAACCAGAAAGGUAUGUGAUCAUCAAUGUAAUCUCCAGUGUGAAGUAAAUUAACACAAUAAAAUGUUUAUGUAAAUGAAUACUGACAUGCAUGUUUCCAAACAUAUUUAUUAAAAGCCACAGGAAUUUGUA